AACGCCAAUUUAUACUGAAAUUAUUUGAUACAUCUCACAUGAAGUCACUUUGUAUCUACUCUUUACAUUACACCAAUUAACAUACUUUACCAUCUUUGAUGAAAACAAUCAUUUCGUAUACUCAUCACGAGCUUCAUUCCCCAGAUACCCCACCAUUUCAGUAAACACUUAACAUUCAUAUCAUCCUACACAUACAUAUAGAUUCUGCACAUCUACAACCUUCUUAGGCUCUACAUACAAACCAUGAGUCUCAAAGGCGUGCACCUUCUCGCCGGCAAAACUGCCGCUAUCACCGGUGGAACCACAGGAAUCGGCCGCGCAAUUGCCCUCCUUUAUCUUCGUCAAGGCUGUAAUGUAGCAGUCAAUCAUCUUGGUCUCGACUCCGAUAUUCCACAUCUGGAAUCGCUGCGGAUGGAAGCGAAAGCUCUGGUGCAAGAAAAUGAGAAGGCGGGAGAAUUGUUAGAUGUACCCGGAGAUGUUAGUAAACCGGAGACGGGGAGGGAAUUGGUGGAGAGGGCGGUGGAGAAAUGGGGACGAUUGGAUGUUUUUGUUAGUAAUGCGGGGGUUUGCCGGUUUGCGGAGUUUUUGGAACUAGAGCCCGAUCUCUUUUCCCACACGGUCCGCACCAAUCUCGACGGCGCCUUCUACACCUCCCAAGCCGCCGCCCGUCAAAUGUCCUCUCAAUCUCCCCCCGGCGGUUCCAUCAUCGCCAUGUCCUCCAUCUCCGCCCUCGUAGGCGGCGCACAGCAAACCCACUAUACACCCACCAAAGCCGGUGUUCUCUCCCUCAUGCAAAGUAUGGCGUGUGCGCUGGGUAAAUACGGUAUUAGAUGUAAUGCGCUCCUGCCCGGAACCAUCCGGACGCAAUUGAACGAGGAGGAUUUGAAAGAUGAGCAGAAGAGGAAAUAUACGGAAGGGAGGAUUCCGUUGGGGAGAACGGGGGUUCCUGAGGAUUUGGCGGGGCCGGCGGUUUUUUUGGCGAGUGAGGAGUUGAGUGGGUUUGUGAAUGGGAGUGGACUUUUAGUGGAUGGAGGGAUGUUUGUUAAUUUGCAGUGAGGGGUUGGGGGAAAGGGAAGGAGAAUGAAUGUAAAUAGAUAGAUUAGAUAUUUGGACUCGGUUUCGGAUCGAUCCUAGAGAGAUUGACAAACUCUUGAAUUUCAUAGUAUUGGAUAUGGUAUACAUUUUUCCAUGCAGAGGUGAGAAGUUUCAUGUUUGUAUUUGUAUAAUGAGUUCAUUGUCACUGAUCA